AUGUCGCUGCGGAUUACCAGCCGUCACAACCCGCGAUUGAAGCAGGCCGCGCAGCUCCGGGACAGCCGCCACCGCCGCGCGACGGGUCAGUUGCUGGUCGAUGGCGCCCGUGAAACGCUGCGCGCCCUCGCUGCCGGUGUGACGCCGAUCGAAGCGUUUGUCGAUGAAGCCUCUAUCGGUGAACGCACCGCCGCGGCAUUGGCGGAACUCGAACGACGCGGCGUCACGGUCUUCCCCGUGGCGAGCGACGCGUUCGCCAAACUCGCCUACGGCGACCGCGCCGACGGCGUGGUGCUCGUCGCCGAGCACCCGGUGCGCGGACUGGCCGAUCUAACGUUGCCGCCCGCGCCAUUGAUCGCGGUGAUCGAAGCGGUCGAGAAGCCCGGCAACCUCGGCGCGAUCCUCCGCACGGCCGACGGCGCGGGCGUGGACGCCGUGAUCGUCGCCGACCCGCGCGUCGAUCUCUUCAAUCCGAAUGCAAUUCGUUCGAGCGUCGGCGCCGUCUUCCGCAAGGAGAUCGCCGUCGCCACGGCCGCCGAGGCGCGGCAGUGGCUUCAAGACCGACGCUUAGCCCUCUUCGCCACACGGCCCGAAGCGACAAUCACUUACAGCGACGCCGAUUUCACCCAGGGCUGCGCGAUCGUCCUGGGCAGCGAAGCCUACGGCCUGUCGCCCGAGUGGGACGCGAUCGCCACGGGCGUGUCGCUGCCGAUGCUCGGCGUCGCGGACAGCCUCAACGUGUCAGCCGCGGCAGCGGUGCUGCUGUACGAAGCGCGGCGACAACGCGGGGCUCAACGUAAAUAG